UCGCCAAGUCUGUCCUUUUUAUUCCCAUCGCCAACCCAACGUCUUCUGGACACAAACAAUCCAGCUUAAAAGAUGGCUGACCACCUCACUGCCAACGGGCGCCACGGUCCUAGCAAUAUACAUCAUAGUCCUGAGCCGAGCCUGAUGCCUCCAUGCAAGACUGUGGUCGGGCGCGCCCUGGCGCCUGAGCAUCACCACCACCACCAUCAUCAUCAUCAUCAUCAGCACCGCAGUCUUUCCGCGACCCACGCACCCUCGCAGGCCAGCCGAGACGGCGUCGGGAUGGCUCUGACAGACACUCCGCUUUCAACCGCACCCCCCUCCCCGCAAAUUGGUGCCCGCUCUCACUCCUCUGGUGCUUCGACCCCAGGAAAACACCGCGCAACAACCCUCGAUAUACCCGGCCUGACCAAAUCUAAAGUCUCUCCCGAUGGCCGUAUUGCGCAGCGAGAUGUCGGCUCGAAGUUGGUUAUCGUCAUGGUGGGCUUGCCCGCACGUGGCAAGAGCUACAUCACCAAGAAACUGGCCCGUUAUCUGAACUGGAUGCAGCAUGACACCAAGAUCUUCAACGUAGGUGAACGUCGACGUGUGGCGGCAGGUGGCUCUGUGCCUUCUGCGGGACGGAGUUCUAUCUUUGAGGAUGAGAUAAGAGAUUCUGUACGCGAGAUGAGCAUCAGCGGUUCCAGCUCGGGUCGAAGGGAUACCGAACAUGAAAUUCUACCACCAGCUGCUAUUCUUUUGAAUGGUGCCGCGGUCGAGUCACCAACACCCCAGGAUCAGGACGGAAUCACGCGAGACCCUAGCCCCAUGAGUGAUAUGCCAUAUUUAUAUCCAAAAUCUAAGCCGGCGUCGGCAAGUAUAUCGUCAGCAUCGCUGUCUCCGGAGCCUGCCAUUGGCACUAUGAGAUCUACAGGAGCUGGAUCCAUAGACCAGUCCGCGCAAUUUUUCGACCCAGCGAACGAACAGGCUGUUCAGUUGAGAGAACAGGUGGCACUGCUGACCUUGGACGAGCUUCUGGAUUAUAUUCUUGAACAGGGCGGUAGUAUAGGUAUUCUAGAUGCUACAAACAGCACAUUGAAACGCCGCAAGGCGAUCAUGGACCGUAUACGCGCUCGAGCAGGACCGGAACUCAACGUUCUAUUCCUAGAAAGCCAAUGCCUUGACAAAGAGCUGUUGGAAUCAAAUAUGCGGUUGAAAUUGUCAGGCCCAGAUUAUAGGGACCAGGAUCCCACCCUUGCUCUUGAGGACUUCAAAAAGCGUGUCGCACUGUAUGAGAAAUCAUAUGUAUCACUGGGGGAGUAUGAAGAGAAACACAACAUGCCCUAUGUGCAAACAAUAGAUGUCAGUCGCAAAGUGAUCGCACAUCAAGUCAACGGCUUCCUCUCGUCGCAAGUCAUGUAUUACCUCCUAAACUUCAACCUGUCCCCGCGACAGAUCUGGAUCUGCCGCCACGGUGAAAGUUUGGACAACGUCGCCGGCAGGAUCGGGGGCGAUUCCCCACUCAGCGAGAACGGAAUCCGUUACGCAAGGGCUCUGACAAGAUUCAUCGGCGAGCAACGCCAGCUCUGGGAGCAGUACCAAAAGUCAAAGGCCCUGUCAACACAUUUCCCCCCACGCCCUGGCGACAGCACACCGCCCAACCCGCAAUACGCCGGACAGAACGCUGAGCCACGCAAUUUCUGCAUUUGGUCAUCCAUGCUUACCCGCUCGAUCCAGACGGUCCAAUUCUUCGAUGACGAGGAGUAUGACGUAAAACAGAUGCGCAUGUUAGACGAACUGAACGCGGGUAAGAUGGAAGGCAUGACCUAUGAGGAAAUCCGCAAACAAUUUCCUGAAGAAUAUGCCAACCGCAAGCGUCAAAAGCUACACUAUCGCUAUCCCGGCCCUGGCGGGGAAGGGUAUCUGGACGUCAUCAAUCGCCUGAAGGCGGUGAUUGUGGAAGUUGAGCGAAUGACGGAUAAUGUGCUGCUCGUCAGUCACCGGUCUGUUGCUCGUGUGCUGCUGGCUUAUUUCAGGGGAUUGAAGAGGGAGGAGUUAGCCGAUUUGGACGUCCCGUUGGGUGUUUUGUAUAUGCUUGAGCCGAAACCAUACGGCGUCGAGUUCAAGGCAUACAGGUACAACCCAAGCACGGACUGGUUCGACUUCAUGCCCAACUAUGAGUUGCGACAGGCAUCCUAUUACUAAACCAAAGUAGCAUCUCUCCCAGCUUCCAAGGUUGUUGUUCCCUUGUUCAUUUGAACAAAGAGAUUAUUCAUCGUUGCAUCUCGUCUACCGGAAUAACAAGAUAUAGCGUCUUUUGUCAGGAAAUUCCCAGCUCCCUCUUACAUUACUCUUUUAUCCUAUUCCGGGCUACCAUUUUAAGGCUUGACAAAUGGAUAUACACGAAACGUGACUCUACUCAACAACCAUGUCUUACACGGCAGCUCGCCUUAUAUUUCGGUCAUCGACUUCCCUUGUUCGGUAAAUCGGCCAUAGAUGAAAAAGACAACGCAACCCCCCAACCUUAGUCUAUCUUUCGAUAUCGCUUCUAAUGGGAUCAGCGAACAUCGGACUGGCGGACAAAGAAAAAGGGGGUGGGGGGAACCUUACUUGGGAGAACAAAUGGAGAAUCUACUUACCAUUCUGCCAUCUACCAAGUUCAAUCCUCCGCUCAACCCGCUUCCUUUUUUUAUCUAAAUUUCCCUUUCCGUCGCAUUUUUCCCCAGUGGUUGUCUCUACCCUUUACAUGGAUAGUACCGUUUUUUCUUCGUCUUCUCUUCUUCUUUUUCCUACCUUUUUAUGCAGGGCCUUGAACGGCGUUUGGUUUAAUUGCGGUGACUAGAGUUCGGUUUCCAUGUGUAUAUGGUCACUAAUUUUAAUUUGCCCAUGGUGGUUUGGCUUGUUAAUAUUAAUGUGUAUAUGAUGAUGACAAGUUGCGUGAGAAUUAGGGCUGACAAACUGAGAAGGCGAAAGGGUAGGUACCGUGGUUGGAGUCAUCACUUUCCUUUCUGAGUUUCUUCAUUUUGUUCAUCUUUUAUUUUCUUGUCAGUGUCUGGUUUCCGAUUUGCUUUACAUUUGUUUCAUCAUUUUGUGUUCGGCUUUUCAAAUUUUACACUGCUCCGGCUUCUGGGGGUUCAUUUACCUCUAAAUAUUGAUACGUUUCUUUUUCUUUUCUCCGCUAUCCCCUCUCUACUCUGUACAAUGGUGUGUGUAUUGUGUAAGUAAGUGUGAGCAUAUGUGUGUGUGUAUAUUCCAUAUUACGUUUGAUAUUGAUUUCUCAUAUUUGCUUUAUAUUCAUGAAUUACACUACGGUGUCAAUAUAUUUGACUCUGCCUUUAUUCUACUUCGUUGUUUAUUUUUAUUUUUACUUUUACUUUUAUUUUAUUUUUAUUUUUCAUUUCUCUUUCCGUCGUUAUACAAUAUUUCCUGGACGCUCAUGAUUAUUUUUGGGAUGCGAGCUAUUUGUCUAUUUUGUCAGUGUUGUAAUAAUGGUCUCACCUCAUCUCACUCUUAUACUCAUCUGCUUUUGUAUACUUUCAAUGAGUAGUAAAAAUGUCUUCCCACUCAAUAUAAAAAUUAGUAUUCAAAAAAUU